AUGGACAACUUCAAAGCACCUCAUGUCUGUAACUGCGAGGAGCUUGGAUGUGGAUCACAACGCUUUGAGCUUCGUGGAGUCCUCUACACCGGCAAGACCAGAACCCGUCAAAAUGGUGAGAAGCACGAAGCAAAACUGCGCCGGAUACGUCUAAAAACGUCUAGUUCAUCUAAUGGCCAACUUCAAGAGAGAAAUAAUCUACCAGCACGCCGACGAUCACUAAGUACAGGAGAUAUAACAGCAAAUCAAGCAUAUAUUGAUGAAUCAAUGGGUCCGAUUGUUGGUGCAGCACAGCUUGGAAGACGCCGAUCUAGCUCUGUUGAAACCGUUCGGGUCUCGGCCAAUCAUCAAAACACACAGCCUCCAGCUUCAAUCACUGUAUCAACUGCGGGUUUCCAGAGGCAGCAAGUAUAUCUCCAGCGUCCCGCAUGCCUCAUUGCUAUGCUUCGAGUAGCACAUGCAAGUAUCAUUCAGAAUGCUGUGCACGACGAUUGCCGAAAAUCACUUCACAUGGCCAAGCUUGAACUAGCGCACAAAAAACGUGACCGCUCUCGUGGUUCAAACUGCGAAACAAACCCCUCAAAGCGCCCUAGGACUUCGAAAAACUCGGCUAGCUCUUCUCAGGCAUUCGAUGGACCUCAACGUCGCCGCUCGCUUCGACUACAGACACAAAACAAGGGAAAAGCCGCUGAUAACGUCGAAGGGCGUAAUACCAGUUUAAAAAAGAGAGCCAAAAAGUAUAUUCAACCAAGUAGUAAUGAUAUACCACCCAAGCCUUCUAACCCUCCUAAAGCUCAACGCAUACGCAAAACUAAACCUCCCAAACAGCCAAGUCUUUCAUUAACAGACUCUGAUCUAAUUCACAUACAUCACCUUACAAAUGUUUGA